CCGUCUCUGUGAACACAUGCUAGUCGGCCUGCUCUGGUCUGGUCUGGUCUGAGUGUUGAGUGUCGUGCUCCGAGUUUCGUUGGGGCUGCAACCAGUUUGCUGGCAUCGAUCGUCCUUUGCGCUCGUGCAUGCUGCGGCCAGUGUGUAUUCCGUGGUCGUAGUCCCAAUCGUAAUCCCAAUGAUCCAAAACUAACCGAGAACAACUGAACAGAUCCGAACCGCAAUCGGUCUCUUAAGUUGACCCAAGUUGAGGUCUUCUGUGAGUGUCUCUCCGGUCUCUCGAUGUGUGCGCCUCCAGAGGCAAUCGCGCUGUGUUCGACAUGUGAUCAUUUUUUUGCACUUCACGUCUCUCCGCUCGCCUCUGCCCGGGUAGGCAGAAAAGUCUGAAAAUAUCUUCGGUAUGGAGCAGAUCUAAAACGGAAUAAUCGCCACAGAGCGCCAAUGCUAACGAAUUUUCUUGCAGUAAACUGAAGUUCCGUCUGCGGUUUGUCUGGCAAAAGAUAACAAAAAAUAAUUAUUGCCGGUUGUGGUAGUGCCCCGAGACUCGGUCUCGGUGUCGGUCGCGGGUGCGGUCCCGGUUCCCGGCUCCCGGCUCUCAAUUCCACUCUCACUCUCAGUCAGAAGAUUCUCUCGCUCUGGCUGGCAUUUGUUCUCGCAGCUCUCAGAGAUCAUCUCGCUUGCAUAACCAAGGGCAGCACACACCUCCGAAGCAGAUUGCAGAUGCAGAUACAGAUGCAGAUAUACAUCUAGAAUUACUCCGGCAGAUACUUUCGCGGCUGCAGCAAAUGGUUCGCAUUGUCCCCGGUGCUUAACAAUCUAUUGUCCAAAGUCUACAAAUAGGGGAUUAGGCAACUCAAAGUGAAAAUUAACAUAACAAUACCAUAAACAAUAGAUAUUAAUUUACUAAAUACAUAUUUAAAGAAAAUAUUUUAAUCGAAAAAACAAGAUAACAAAUCCUUGAUCUAAAGCUGAACAAAUUCUACAUAUAUAUAGCCGCAGUAAAAAUAAAUAAUAUUCCCAAUAAUUGUGCUUAAAGAUACUUACUCUUGCAAUCCGAAAAAUGCUUCCUAUCUCGGACAACUAAUUCGGCGGAGAAAAGUGUCAGAAACAUACAACUACAGCUUCAACUGUAAUUGACGAGAUCAAGGACAUUUGAAUAUUCUGGGAUGGUUUCGGAGGAGAACUGGAACAGCGACACCAUGUCCGACUCGGAUAUGAUCGACUCGAAGAACGACGUGUGCGGCGGGGCCUCCAGCUCCAGCGGGAGCUCGAUCUCGCCGCGCACACCGCCCAACUGUGCCCGCUGUCGAAACCAUGGCCUGAAGAUCACCCUGAAGGGCCACAAGCGCUACUGCAAGUACCGCUAUUGCACGUGCGAGAAGUGCCGCCUGACGGCAGACCGCCAGCGGGUAAUGGCCCUCCAAACGGCCCUGCGCCGCGCCCAAGCGCAGGACGAGCAGCGGGCACUGCAUAUGCAUGAGGUGCCGCCUCCAUCGGGGUCCACUACGGCCCUGCUGGGCCAUCAUCACCACGUCGCUGCCACCGCCCACGUUCACGCUCAUCACGUCCAUCCGCACCAUAGCCAUGGUCACCACUCCCACUCCCACCAUGGCCAUGUGCUGCACCAGCACCAGCAGGCAGUGGCGUCAGCCGCAGCGGCUCCUUCGCAGCCGCCCCCGUCCCACCUGAGUGGGGCCCACAAUGGGGCAGGAGCAACAGUGCCAGCCACCGCCUCCAGCCUGCAUGGUCACGCCCAUGUGCAUCAUGUACACAUGGCGGCAGCGGCGGCCGCCACAGUGGCUCAUCAGCAGCAACAACAGCAGCAGCAGCACCAGAGCCAACAGCACCAGCACCAGCAUCAUCCACACCUCCAGCAUCCGCAGCACCAGCCACAGCACACGGCGCUCCGAUCUCCUCCACACAACGAGCAUACCGGAAGUGUUGGACCAGCCACCAGCAGUUCAGGAGGCGGAGCCAGCUCGGGCAGUGGCGUCGCAGCCACAUCAAGCAGUGCAUCCAGCAGCGGCGGAGUUGGCGGACGGGCAGGCAGUGGCGGGGUCAGUGUCAUUACUAGUGCCGAUCCACACAUGUCCACGGUACCCACACCAGCCCAGUCGCUGGAGGGCUCCUGUGAUUCAUCAUCUCCCUCGCCAUCGUCCACAUCCGGCGCCGCCAUUUUGCCGAUCUCAGUCUCCGUUAAUCGCAAGAAUGGCGCCAAUGUACCGUUGGGCCAAGAUGUUUUCCUAGACUAUUGCCAAAAGCUAUUAGAGAAAUUCCGAUAUCCCUGGGAGCUGAUGCCGCUCAUGUAUGUGAUAUUGAAGGACGCUGACGCAAAUAUCGAAGAGGCUUCGCGUCGCAUCGAAGAGGGCCAGUACGUUGUGAAUGAGUACUCCCGUCAGCAUAAUUUGAAUAUCUAUGACGGGGGGGAGCUACGCAACACAACGCGGCAAUGUGGAUGAUAAAUUGUUCAUUAACUGACUAUUGAGUUACAAAUAUUGCGAUUUUAUUGUUGCCCCGAUAUUUAUUGUUCAGCAUCACAAACUUAGCCUAAUGCUUAAGCGACGAUUCGCGCGCGAGUUCGACUUGAGAAAAUCAAAGUAAAGUAAAUUAAAUUAAAGUUUUAAGAAGCCAAACCUCUGUAAAUAUAUCGAAUUUAUCGGUAAGCUAAAGCGCCACUGGAUUAUCUUCAAUCAACAAACCAAAUAUAUCGAUGUGUGAGCUGUGACCGUUGCUCCCCACGCCCUUUUUCUUCAAUCAAUAUACCCCCCACUCUGAGGACGAUGUCGAUGUCUGUCUAUCAAUCAAUCAAUCAACAAUCAACAUUCUCUUCUCUUCAAUCAACACGCCCCCAUUGGAUCCUACUCAACACUCAAGAAAAACUAUGCCGCCAACGAAACGAUGAAAAAAAAUGAAUCUAAUAUUUUUAAUAUUUUCGAAAAUAUCGCAAAUCAAACAACAUUUCAACAAUCAACACAAAAAUGUACAUCGGGUGUACAAAUUUAGUUCAAAAUUUGUUUAAGUCUUUCAUUAUUUCUAGAUAGUUUUUGGUUUCCCUUCCCUCAAAGCUCUUCCCACGAGUCACUUAAGUUAUUCCUUUGUUACCUUAGUACUUAAUUGAAGCAUUAAUGAAUUUAAUCAACUUAUGUACAGUUGAAAUUGGAUAUCAAUAGGUGCCAUGGAGGAAGAUACGUUACAAAUAUUCCAUACUCAUCCAUAAAGUUCUACCCGCUAAUCUCAAAAAUGUUCGCUACGUAUAAAUAUAAAUGAGAGUUUUUGUCCGAAAAAGGAAAACUAAUUUCCAGCUGGUGAUCUGCUACGAAAAACUGUUGUGAGAUGGUGCACAAAUAAAAUAUAUAUAUAUAUAUAUAUACAUACAUACGAGUUAAUAGGUUAACUCUUUCGAUGUACUGCGAAGCUCUACUUGUAGUAUUUAAUAAUAAUAAUUCUCAUUGUAUAAAUAUUGUUAUCGACUUAAGUAGGAUUUAGUCCAACGAAAUAUUAUAAAAGCAUAAACCUGAAAUGUCAAAAAUAAACUAUUUUCCCUAAUCAGAGAAUCGGUUAGGCUGACCUUUAUUCCCGAGAGCAACGGCGAAGAGCGAAGUGGAUUUCCCGACCUACACUGCCUACCCCCUCCCACUCCUUGAAGCCAUUAACAAAUGGAAACGAAACCCGAAUCCCCAGAAAAUGGAAUUGCCUCAGUGCAGAAGUAUCAGCUGCUGUUUGUUUUGUUGAUGACAUUAAAAAUUGUAACGAUUGCUUUUCAAGUUGUUGCCAUUUCACUGAAACCAUUACCGUGGCACGUCCCAGAAGCAGAUGAAGUUUUUUGCUUCCAGUCCGGGAUUGGCGGUGGAGCGGUGGCGCGGUGGAGCGGUGGGGGGAAGUACGGGAGCUGGGAGUUGCCUGUGUCGCCACUGCUGCUGGGAUCGUAAAUGCAUCAUUAAACCGAAAAAUGCAUGCGAAAAAUUUACGACAUUGCCAACACCGUCGCUCAGAGGCUUGGGAGACCCAGCUUCGGUUUCAGUUCUCAGUUUUGCCUGCUUCCUUGCUUUCCGGCAUGGGAAAGCUCCACUACGCUCCACUCUACUGCCAGGUAGCUGCAAUACUCCGGCCGUAACAGCUCAACAUCGUUUCUCGGCACUAAACACGUCACGAUGGUAUUUUAGGAUUGCAGGAUGACGCGACUGGGACUGGGACUGAGACUGAGGCAUGAACAACGGGCUCUCUGGGUUGCAAUGGGUAGGCAAUGGCGACGUGUAAAUGUGGGCACCAUAAAGCUUAAAAGUGUUUAUGGUUGAAUUGUGCUGGAAUAGUGCGUGGAAAGGGAGGAGUGGAUCGUCCAACAUGUGAGCAGAUUCGAUGGCAAAGAA